CCCGUGGAGCUGCUCAUGGUGGUGACCAUUUCUCCUGCAGGGAUCAGAAGAGGGCUUGCUCUGUGGUGCUGGAGCUGUCGGUUCUGCCUGGCAGGAACAAUGUCAGACAGUUUCUCUUUAGCUGAUGCCUUGUCCACCGGCAACAACCCGAACCCCUCUGCCCCCCAGCCCCAAGGCUGGCCCUCCUGGGGGAACCAGCCACCACCUCCUGGGGGGGUCCCAGCCUACCCUGGCCCUCCAGGACCCUAUCCUGGAGCACCAGGACCCUAUCCUGGAGGACCAGGGCCAUAUCCCGGAGGACCAGCAGGACACGGACCGUAUCCAGGAGCACCCGGACCAUUCCCUGGAGCACCAGCAGGACCAGGGCCGUACCCUGCCCCAGGACAACCACUCAGUGGCCCUGGAUUUGGGCCCCCUCAUCCACAGGGGGGACCAGCUCCUCCAAUGACAGUCCCCUUUGAGCUGUACCUGCAGGCAGGACUCAGCCCUCGGAUGCUCAUAACCAUCACAGGGUCCAUCAACCCCAAUCCAAGCAGGUUUUCACUGGAUUUCAAGAAAGGGAAUGACAUUGCCUUCCACUUCAAUCCCCGCUUCAAUGAAGACAACAGGAAAGUCAUCGUCUGCAAUUCGAUGUUCCACAAUCACUGGGGAAAGGAGGAGAGGACAGCUCCAAGAUUUCCAUUUGAAGCUGGAAAACCCUUCAAGCUCCAGAUCCUUUGUGAGGCAGAUCACUUCAAGGUAGCAGUCAACGAUGCUCACUUGCUGCAGUACAGCUUCCGUGAGAAGAGGCUGAACGAGAUCACCAAACUCUGCAUUGCUGGAGACAUCACUCUCACCAGCGUCACGCCAACCAUGAUAUAACUAUGGUGGUGCAAUUUUAAUGCAAACUUGAUGCUUUUAACAUGGCUGUAACCAAAAGUGCCUUCUUACAUGAAUACUUUGAGGUAAUAAAACAUACUUUCACAAGUAAAA